AGAGGAAAUUGGGAAGGAGAGGAAGACUGUGGGUCCACGACCACAACAGGAGGGAGGCGCUACUGAACGAUGGAAGAAGGGAAAGGGGGCUAUCCUUCGAGGUUAGCCCUUGCUUUUCUCCCCAAACCCAUGUCACUCUGGGAAGGCAAGAAGCAGCACUGUCCCAAGAAGGUCUCUGAGCCCCUAGGCCCCACAGGCUCUCUUGUGCACGCUAAUCAGAGUAUUUUCCGUUUACUGGGGAGAGGGCCCGGGAAACUGAGGGCCGCUAAAGGGGUCCUCACUUCUUGGGACCCUCAGCCCCGCGCUGCUGACGUGUUCACGUAGCAUUCCUCAGCGGGAGUGAGAGAAGCAGCCGGAAGUCCCACCUCCACCGUUCCGCGCGCGGGGCCCUCCACUUCCGUCAGGCUGGUGAGGCGGAGGCCCGUCCGCGUUCAGCCCAAACGCACGAGGGACUAUAGGGAACUGGAAUCCGCUGGCUCCAAGCCGGGCCGCCUUCGAGGAUGUGCUCCCUAUCGUUGUUCCCACCGUCACCGCCCUGGGACCAAGUGACGCUUUACGAGUACAACAACGAAUUAGUGACGGGUGACAGUUAUGAAAGCCCGCCCCCCGACUUCCGGGGUCAGUGGAUCAACCUUCCUGUUCUGCAUCUGUCAAAAGACCCCCUGAAGACCCCCGGGCGCCUGGACCACGGCAGCACAGCAGCCUUCAUCCUCCACCGGGAGAGCAUCUGGAAGAGAUGCGUCAAUGCCUGGCGCGAGAUGGGGCUUUCAGGCGUGCUGACUGAGGUGGCCAGCUCUGAGGAGGAAGUGUUCCAGUGGGUGAAGACGCUGUCAAGCUGGGCCCUGGCGUCGUGCCGCUGGGGCGCUUCCCUCCACGGCUCUCUGUUUCCUCAUCUGUCGCUCCGGAGCGAGGACCUCAUCUCCGAGUUUGCCCAAGUCACGAACUGGGCCACCUGCAACCUGCGGGCCUUUGCCUGGCACCCCCACACCAAUAAGUUUGCUGUGGUGCUGCUGGACGACUCCAUCCGCGUGUACAAUGCCAACAGCACCAUCGUCCCCUCCCUGAAGCAUCGGCUCCAGCGCAACGUGGCCGCCCUGGCGUGGAAACCCCUCAGCGCCUCGGUGCUGGCCGUGGCCUGCCAGAGCUGUAUCCUCAUCUGGACCCUGGAUCCCAACUCCCUGUCCACCCGGCCCUCCUCCGGCUGCGCCCAGGUGCUCUCUCACCCGGGACACAGCCCCGUCACCAGCCUGGCCUGGGCCCCCGACGGAGGACGCCUGCUGUCGGCCUCCCCGGUGGACGCCGCCGUUCUGGUGUGGGACAUCUCCACGGAGACGUGCGUGCCCCUCCCCUGGUUCCGGGGGGGCGGCGUCACCUUCCUGCUCUGGUCGCCCGAUGGCAGCAAAGUCCUAGCCACCACGCCUUCGGCCGUGUUCCGGGUCUGGGAGGCACAGAUGUGGACUUGCGAGCGGUGGCCCACUCUGUCGGGGCGCUGCCAGACUGGCUGCUGGAGCCCAGAUGGGAACCGCCUGCUGUUCACGGUCCUGGGGGAGCCGCUCAUCUACUCCCUGACCUUCCCAGAGCAGAGCAGGGAUGGAAAGGGGCAGGUCGGAGGGGCCAAGACUGCUACCAUUGUGGCAGACCUGUCUGAGACGGUGAUUCAGACUCCCAGCGGGGAGGAAAGGCUGGGGGGAGAAGCUCACUCCAUGGUCUGGGAUCCCAGUGGAGAGCGGCUGGCUGUGCUCAUGAAAGGAAACCCCCACGUCCGGCAUGGCAAGCCCAUCAUCCUCCUGUUCCGGACCCGCAACAGCCCAGUGUUUGAGCUGCUUCCCUGCGGCGUGGUGCAGGGAGAGCCUGGCGCCUGGGCCCAACUGAUCACCUUCCACCCAUCCUUCAACAAGGGUGCCCUCCUCACUGUGUGCUGGUCCACAGGCCGGAUCGCCCACAUUCCUCUGUAUUUCGUCAAUGCCCAGUUCCCCCGAUUUAGCCCCAUGCUGGGCCGGACCCAGGAGCCUCCUGCUGGGGGAGGGGGCACUGCCUACAUGCCUCUGUUUACUGAGAACACCCCAAUUUCCAGCUCCUGGGACCCCUGUCCAGGAACCUCCUGGGGCCAGUCCCCCAGUAGCCAUUAAUAAACUUUCUCUUCAUCCCCUU